AUUUUUUGUACGGUGGUACUCAGACCGGUUCGCUGUUCAUUCCUUCGUUCGUCGCUUCGUCUUUUUAGAUCCUCAACCUCAACCAAGGAAAUAUGAGCACCGAUCCGGAACGAGCUGGAGACGCCAGUGACUUGGAAUUCGUUGAGGAUGAAGAUGAGAACCAGCCAACGGGUAUCAACUCCCAAAUCCUUCGCAGGCCCGAUCUUUUGGCAGCUUUACAAGAUCGUAUUCAUGCACAAAUGUUGGAGGCACUUCCAGCUCCAGUUAAACGUAGAAUUAAAGCUUUAAAAAAAAUACAAUUGGUAGCUACAAAUAUUGAGGCGAAGUUUUAUGAAGAAGUUCAUGCUCUUGAAUGCAAAUACCACAAAAUGUAUGUACCUUUGUACGAAAAGAGAGGAGAAAUUGUAUCUGGCAUCUAUGAACCAACUGAAGAGGAGUGUGAGUGGGAAAGUGACGAAGAAGAACAAGGCCUUACUAACGAAUUGAAGACUAAGGUGAAGAUUGAAGACCUUACAGAGAAAAAAGACGAGGUUAAAGAUGAGAAUGUCAAGGGUAUUCCAGAAUUUUGGCUCACAAUAUUUAAGAACGUGGGAAUGCUGGCAGAAAUGGUCCAGGAACACGAUGAGCCCAUUCUUAAGCAUCUCUAUGAUGUCAAAGUGAUUUUCCUAGAAUCAAACCCAAUGGGCUUUGUUCUGGAAUUCCACUUUGAACCAAACGAGUACUUCUCAAACUCUGUCCUCACUAAGGAAUAUACAAUGAAAUGUGCCCCUGAAUUGAGUGAUCCUUUCAGUUUCGAAGGACCUGAAAUCUACAAAUGCAAGGGCUGUGUAAUCGAUUGGAAGAAAGGAAAGAACGUUACUGUGAAAACAAUCAAGAAAAAUCAGAAACACAAAUCCCGUGGAUCAGUGCGCACGGUCACAAAGACCGUACAGAAUGAUUCCUUCUUCAAUUUCUUUAGUCCACCAAUUGUACCCGAAGAUUCAGAAGCUGAAAUUGACGACGAAACUCAGGCCCUUUUGACGAGCGAUUUCGAAAUUGGUCACUACAUAAGAGAGCGCAUUGUACCCAGAGCAGUGCUAUAUUACACAGGCGAAGGACUGGAGGACGAGGAAGACGAUUACGAAGAAGAGCCUGAAGAAGAGGAUGACGAUGACGAGGUGGACGAAGAUGAAGAGGAUGGUCAUGUUAACGCCCCACCAGGUGCGAAACUGGCCCAGGGAGCCAAUCCCAAUGAGUGCAAACAGCAGUAGGACUAUAGAAUAUGUGAAAUAACUAAUCAUAGUACCUAUACAACUUUAUUAUAAGCCAUCCCAUUAACCAUGCGAUUGACCACUAUCCUUAGAUUGUACCUCAGCUCCGACUUGGACCGAAACGCAUAAAUAUUCCGAAGUCUUAAUCAAAAUGCAGAAUUCAUAGUGUAUAUGAUCUUGCAAAAUCUAGUGAACAACGUUUUAUCAGCUAUGACUUCUGCACUAUGCUUUGAAGGCUUACAGAGUGUGAUGUGCUUUGGUCUCUAAUCCAUUUACAUAAACUAUCCGCUAAUCAUAUCAAUCUCUCCAAUUCCAGAUCAAGCCUAGAAACUUCAACUUACCAGUGAAAAAAUUAUGUGUAAAAACCCCUCUAAAUCCGACGUUGAUGAUGAUUGAUGAGUAAAUUUGACGCAAUUAGAAAUACGUAUACAUCUAACGUGUUUAUGACAUCUGAAGUAUAAUGAUAUUGUGGUUUCUCUCCUCUAGUAUAUUCGACGUUCCUCUAAUUAUUAAUUGCUUCAAUAUUUUUUUAAACUAUUGUUACGUUUAUAUGUAUGUAGACAGGAAAUGAUUUGAAAUUCAAAAUCUGUGUUGACCUAUACAAAAGAGAAGAAUUUUCGGUACUGUUGAGGCAUUUUAAUACAAAAAUGUGAAAAAGA